AUGGAUGAAUUACGAGGACCGAAUAUUCAAAUAGUCCUUCACGUGAAGGAAGGACUUGGAUUUGGUUUCCUGCGAAUACCAUUUGUAGUCAGUGGCUCACUAAAUGGGUAUGUACUUGAAACGGACCCUGUGGUGCCAACUCAUGCACCAGCUUUUGAUGCCGAGUUAGUUUGGGAAGCUGAUAAGAGAAGAUUUCGAAGUCUCCGCGUUCAAAAUGUUCCUAUCAAGGUGGAAGUGUUUACGACUGGUACUCAAGGGAGGAAGGACAAAGUAGGAUAUAUCUUGCUUAGCCUACUUGGAGCACAACCAUGUCCAUCAAAUAAAAUUUUUGAUGUAAAGUAUUCAUGGCAUAAAUUACUAGGAGUAAGAUCUGAAGGAAAAUGCUGCCACCCUCAAUUACUAAUGAGUCUGUCCAUUGAAGACAGAGUAAAUACUCCAACUCCGCGCAACGAACUUCGCAUGUUCCACAGCAAUGAAGUAGCAUAUCCACCGACGUAUCGUACCAACGACACGCAAUUUACAAGACCGAUGUUGUUGACACUUCAGGAGUACAUAGAAGAAAGUAAAAAGUCUGUGUCGUCCCCCGAUCUCCAACCGCAACUGAUAUGUGAAGAAGGGCUCAUACAGAUCGGUCAAGGAGAGCAGUUAUUUAUUCUGAGCUUUGUGAUAGGUUCUGUGGAGAACUUGGAUUUGUUGCUGCCAAAUGACAUUAGCAAAGAAUCUGUUGAUUGUUGCGUCACGUAUUCGAUUUUCACGCACAACAUAAUGACUGAUAGAGUGGGCGCAACAUCGCUCAGCACGGGCAGCAGUGCAUUAUUUAACCAGCGCACAUCGCUUCGGCUUAGGAGCGAGCUUUCUUCGCUUAACCGCUACUUUGCGGAGUGCCCACAUCUAGUCGUGAGAGUUUGCGUCGCCGAAAGAGAUGUCGGCGUGUGCAGCUUAGACCUACGUAAACUGGUGCCCACGGAAAGUCUGCAGCAGUUCAUCAGCGAGUUCUGCAACAGCGACCACUCGCUCACGAUACACGAGCGCUGCUACGUGUUGCGCUGCGAACAACGCGCUCAAACGAGUUCGGACACGCGCCGCCCCUACAUGGACGUCGAGAUCAGCCUAAAACAUAUCGGACAAAAGAACAUUAAACAGAAACCCAACACGUUAGCAGCCCGUAGUGUCACGCAUGUAGAGAGGGGAGCUGCGGAAACAGAGGUAGAGGUCACUAUAGAUUACAAGAGUGGGAGUUGCACUCACAUCGAUCGAGACCUGGGUGGAGUCGCGUACACUAACAAGUCAGCGGGGAACACUGCAAGGUACAAAACAGCCACAGGGGAUAACGUGCUGCAAACCAACGAAAUUACGGAAUUGCUACGGAAAAUGUGCGAUUCCUUUGCUCUUAGUCAGGAGAAGUUAUUGACAUCUAGAUCCAGACCUAUCACGAGUGACAUGCAAGUACAGUGCGGACCAGAAAUUGACAGAAACAAUGAUUUCUUAAGGCCUGAAAGAGAUGAAAAUAAUAUAAAUAAAAAGGGUGAUGAAAAACAAAUUGAUAAGGAUUUAAAUGAAAAUAAUUGUGAGCCGAAUGGAAAUAAAACCAAAACUUUCUCUCUUCCACCGACGGAAAAAGAUUUAGUCAAAAUAGCACUUUCUGCAGUUGACCGAGAUGCUAUAAUGCAAAAAUUUAUCAACGAACUCGAGGAUUGGAAGGAGAUGCAACAAGAAUUGUACAAAUGUCAAUUGAAACGCAAGGAAGAGUACCACCUGGAACUGCUUGCAAAAGAGUGGGAUAAGAGGCGAGAAGAGUUGGAGAGUAAACUCAGCCACGGUGUGGAACGAUGCCGUACUCUGGCCAACGACUUAAGCCGAGCGACUGAAGACUUUCGUUUAAGAGGAUAUAGAAAUACUGAGAGGGAAAGAAAAUUAUUAGAGGCAAAGAAAGCUUUAGAAGCUCACUAUACUGCCAAGUAUCAAGAAUUAAGGGAAGCAUCACAGAAAAUGGAAGACGACAUGCAUCAUCAGAUUAAAUUGAAGGACAUGAGGAUUGAGGAAUUGGAGUUAAAAGUACAGCAGCUGGAGAAACAAGUUGAAAUGCUAAAGAAUAAUAUGAAAAACAUGGAGAAGGACGCAGAAAGUAAAUAUUCUGGUUUAACAAAGGAUCAGACUGCAAGUCUAAUACAAGAAUUGCGUUGUUUAGAAGAGAAGUUGGACAGUGCGGUCCAGUCAAAGGCAUUUUUCAAAGAGCAGUGGGGCAGAGCAGUCCGUGAACUGCAUCUUACUAAGAUGAGUUCGCGGAGGAAUAUGCUGGCGCAGUUGAGGAGGGAGAAGGGUCUUCUGAACCAAGUUGGUUUGGAUGCAAUCGAUGAUAGCGAGAUAAGUAAAGCAGAUCUGAGUGAAAAUGACAUAAAUAAGUUGAAGGAUGACUUCUACGCUGAUUUGCUGGCGAAUACACCGCCCCUGGAAUCACAUUCCGCGAACAGUAUACCAGGUCCCGAUGGCUUGAACAUGUUCGGCGAUAAUAUGAAAAAAGGCUCAAAAAACACAAUGAAUGACAAAUUAGGUGAUCUUAUAAUGCAACGCGAUCGGCUCAUACAACAAGAGAAUCCUGAUGAGGCUACACUCAAACAGCUCAACAAUGAAAUAAGAAGUAUUUUGAUAAACUGUGGUACUUGA